AUAUCCGAAAAUCGCGAGCACAAACUUGAACUUGAAAAUGACGAUUUAGAGUUAAAAGUGGACAUUUGAUUUGCUUUGAUAUAGAUUACGAAUUCUACAUGGAUUUGAUGAACUCAUUCAACGAGUUACAUGAUAAGUCCGAAGGCCACGAUACUUGUAAGGAACAUCCAAGUUCAAAUAUUACUGAAGUUCAAGCAGCAUCAGAACACAAGUUGGUUUCUUCACAGAAAGAAAUGGAACAAACACUAGAGACAGAGCAUGAAUUUGUUGAAAAUGUUCCUCAACAAGACAUGCCAUCAGUAGCAACAAUAUUACCAACAAAUUCGAAAGAGUUGAUGGAUGAACAACAAAUGGAGCAACAACGUCCACUUGGAGAAACUGAUGCUACCGUCAAACCUUCUCCAGAAAAUAAUGUAAUAUAGUACCACCUCAUUGUGAA